CUGCAUUCCACACCCGUACCCACUGCACUAUCCCUCUGUAAACCUUAAUUUUGGCCGGAAAAUGAAAAGCACUUUUGCUUCAAUGGCAGCCCUUCUUUACCUUUUUUGUGCGUUGAUAUUACCGGAGUUCGCAGUUGGCAUAGCAAGGCAUUAUACCUUCAAUAUUAAGCACCAUAAUUUUACGAGAUUAUGCACAACGAGGAGCGUUUUGACUGUAAACGGACAGUGGCCGGGGCCUCGGCUGGUGGCAAGGGAAGGUGAUAGAGUCGUGGUUAAGGUGGUUAAUCAUAUUCCAAACAACGUUAGCAUCCACUGGCAUGGGGUUAGGCAGCUUGGAACUCCUUGGGCUGAUGGCCCUUCUUAUGUAACUCAGUGUCCUAUCCAGACAAACCAAUCCUACAUAUACAACUUCACCAUCUCAGGACAAAGGGGAACUCUGCUUUAUCACGCUCAUAUUUCAUGGUUAAGAGCAUAUAUUUAUGGAGCCAUCAUCAUCCUCCCCAGAAAAAAUGAAUCUUACCCAUUUCAGAAACCCCACAAGGAAGUUCCCAUUAUAUUCGGGGAAUGGUAUAAUGUAGAUCCUGAAGCCAUAGUCAGCCAAGCUCUCCAGACAGGAGGAGGCCCCAAUGUCUCUGAUGCUUUCACCAUCAAUGGCUUCCCCGGUCCGCUCUACAAUUGUUCUUCUAAAGACACGUAUAAGCUUAAGGUGAAGCCGGGGAAGACAUAUCUUCUACGACUGAUCAACGCUGCACUCAACGAAGAGCUCUUCUUCAGCAUCGCCAACCACACUCUCACGGUGGUGGAAGCCGACGCCGUCUAUGUCAAGCCUUUUGAAACGGACGAACUCUUCAUUACCCCAGGCCAGACCACCAACGUUCUGCUCAAGACCAAACCCGAUUUCCCGAACGCCAGCUUCCUGAUGGCCGCCAGGCCGUAUUUCACUGGACGUGGAGCCAUCGACAACUCCACCACGGCGGCGAUUCUCGAAUACGAACCUCCUUCUAAUCACAAAUCCCAUACAAAGCAACUUCCUUUAAUCAAACCCUCCCUUCCUCCGAUCAAUGCAACCAAUAUCGUCGCGAAUUUCACCAGGAAACUCCGUAGCUUGGCCAAUUCGAAAUUCCCUGCUAAUGUCCCCCAAGCAGUGGAUAGGAAGUUUUUCUUCACAGUCGGACUAGGGACGAACCCGUGCCCGCAAAACACAACCUGCCAAGGACCCAACGGGACCAAGUUCUCGGCGUCCGUUAACAAUGUGUCGUUUAAUCUUCCGUCGGUGGCGCUUCUCCAGUCCUACUUCUUCGGUCAGUCAAAUGGGGUCUACACCACAGAUUUCCCUACGAACCCACUGGUUCCGUUCAAUUACACCGGCACGCCGCCGAACAACACGAUGGUGAGCAAUGGCACGAAGGCAGUGGUGCUGCCGUUUAACACAAGCGUGGAACUGGUGUUGCAGGGCACCAGCAUUCUGGGUAUCGAGAGCCACCCCCUGCAUUUACAUGGGUUUAAUUUCUUCAUAGUUGGGCAAGGGUUUGGCAACUACGAUCCUAAUAAAGAUCCGGCAAACUUCAAUCUCAACGACCCAGCUGAGAGGAAUACAAUCGGAGUUCCCUCCGGCGGUUGGGUCGCCAUUCGAUUCCUGGCCGACAACCCAGGGGUGUGGUUUAUGCAUUGCCAUCUUGAAAUCCAUACGACCUGGGGAUUGAAGAUGGCAUGGAUAGUCCUGGAUGGGCCACAGCCGAAUCAGAAGGUGCCACCUCCGCCGUCCGAUCUUCCACCGUGUUGACCUUUUCAAAUUUUGAUUGAUUGCUUUCGACUUUGAGCCACCUGAAUCAUCUACCCUUUUUUUUUUUUGGCCUUGGAAUCAUUUGCCUCAUUUAUUUCAAUGUAAUUUACUUUAAGUGAAGACUCUCAAAUUCAAACCUUACGAUGGGCCUUGAGAGAUGCUAAAGUUAGGAGGGAUACCUCCUGAUCUGUAUACUCCAUACUCCAUUGCAUGUUCCAAAAAAAUUGGUUUUGCCGG